AUGGGUGAGCUUGUAAAUGCUGCAAGAACAUUAGGUGAAACAGGAAAUUUUGUAGAUGGUUUUAAAAGACUUGUUUCAAAUGUUUUAACAAACACAAAGAAAUUAUUUAGAUAUACCAUACAUAACGGACGGAUUUUCGAACAGGUAGCAACAAACCCUCCGGUUAUGGCUGCGUUGAUGAUGGUUAGAGAUAUAAAACCACGUAACGACGGGAACGAAGAACAUGAACAACAGAGCCCAACGGGCUCAGAGCCACAUAGUGGCGAGGAUACUGGUCGGGUUAUUCAAGACAUUAAAAACGUGUAUCCUGAAGUUAUUGAUUUAUUUAGAGGAGUUAAUGAUUCAAUUUCAAAACAUUCUAUAACCCUCGAUGAAGAGAAUAAAUUAACAGAUUAUAUAUUCGUCAUUAUUGCAGAAUUAAUGAAGAGAAUAAAUGAAAAAGGAAUUGGUGAUAUCAUUAAUGUCAGCGAUGUAAUGAUGAAAAGAAAUUUUGACUCAUUAUUUACAAAACCGAAAACAGAAUAUAGUCUUUAUGACGUAAUUACCGAAUUAAUGAAAAAGAUUAAUGAUAAUAAGAGUUCUGGCGGAAGAGUUGAAUUAGAAGUGAAUGAUGUUAAUGAGAAAUUAGCCGAAAAAGCAGAUAAAAACCACGUUCAUUAUAUAACUUCAGACGAACAGAUUAUAACGGACUACCAUGGAUAUUUAACACGAAGUGAUGAAGCGAAGACAAAAAAUGUUAAUGAAAGAAGAUAUAAAUACAUUCGUGCUAAAGGUUAUGACAUAAGCUGUACUGUACAGUAUGACACAGGUAA